CACUUUCAGUGCACCAAACACCGACCCAACCCAACCCCCACUCCAAAACCAACCGUCCCUUCCAUCGCUUGCUCCCUCUUUUUCUCUCUCUCUCUCUCUCUCUCUAUUCACCCAUUUUUUCUUUUUUUGUAGAAAAUCAAUUCGAGCCUUUGAUCAUGAUCUGGUAACAAAAGGAGGGUGAAGUGAAGUGAAGUGAAGUGAAGUGAAGUGAAGUGAAUGCUUCUGUAUUUGGCAAUUGAAUGGAUAGUGUCAUGCUGCAGUUUUUAUGAGAUAUAUUGAUCACUAGGUAUUUCCUCAAUGGGGGCUGCUUGUUCUAGGAAAAGAGACCAACUGGACAAUGUAGAUGGUUUCGACAGAGGGGUUUCGGGAAGAUAUUGCAAAAGUGGGAGUUCGAAGUGGUUAGCAACAACUCUUUCUAGACCUAUUCUAGAAAUUCAAAGGGAGAAAAAGAAAUGUCCAUCACUUUUGGAAUUAUGCACCCAUAAAAUUCGGGAGGAUAUAGAUAAUUAUGUUUCAUUUUCUACUCUUCCAAGAGAUCUAAGUCAGCAGAUCUUCAAUGAACUAGUGAAGUCACAACGUCUGACUGAUGUUUCUCUUGAAGCUUUUCGAGACUGUGCUCUUCAGGACCUUUACCUGGGAGACUACCCCGGGGUUAAUGAGAAUUGGAUGGAUGUCAUCUCUUCACAAGGCUCAUCCUUGCUUUCACUAGACCUCUCUGGUUCUGAUGUUUCGGAUCCUGGAUUGAUAUAUCUCAAAGAUUGCGUGAACCUUCAAGAUUUAAAUUUAAAUUACUGUGACCAGAUUUCUGACCGUGGGCUAAAACACAUCAGUGGUCUGUCAAACUUGAGGAGUCUCACUUUUCGGAGAAACAGUGCAAUCACUGCACAAGGAAUGGCCGCCUUAUCUGGCCUAGUAAACCUGAUGAAGCUGGACCUGGAAAAAUGUCCUGGGAUUCAUGGGGGGCUUAUUCACAUCAAAGGUUUGACAAAGUUAGAGUCUCUUAGUAUUAAAUGGUGUAAUUGCAUAACAGAUGCUGAUAUGAAGCCUCUUUCAGGGCUUACAAACUUGAAAAGCUUACAGAUUUCCUGUAGUAAGGUUACAGAUUUUGGCAUCACUUAUUUAAAAGGUCUGCAAAAUCUUUCUGUUUUGAACUUGGAGGGCUGCCCAGUUACAGCUUCGUGCUUUGAUACUCUUUCAGUGCUUGUAUCUCUGUUAUAUUUGAAUCUUAGCAGAUGCAAUUUAUCCGAUGAUGGAUGUGAGAAGCUUUCAAAGCUUGGUAAUCUGAAAGUAUUGAACUUGGGUUUCAAUGACAUCAGUGAUGCAUGUUUGAUACACCUAAAAGGUUUGACAAAUUUGGAGAGCUUGAACUUGGAUUCAUGUAGAAUUGGCGAUAAUGGGCUGGUUCACUUGACAGGUCUUCAAAAUUUGAAAUGUUUGGAGUUGUCUGAUACUGAAGUUGGAAGCAAUGGUCUUCGCUAUCUUUCUGGUUUGUGUAAGCUGGAGAGUAUAAACCUGUCAUUCACUGUUGUUUCUGAUGGUGGAUUAAGAGAACUGUCUGGACUAACGUCUCUUAAAUCACUUAAUUUGGAUGCUCGUCAAAUCACAGAUGCUGGACUUGCAGCUCUUACAAGUUUGACUGGGCUGACUCAUCUUGAUCUUUUUGGAGCCCGUAUCACAGAUUCUGGGACAAGUCACUUACGAAAUUUGAAGAACUUGCGCUCCUUGGAAAUCUGUGGUGGAGGUUUGACCGAUGCUGGUGUGAAGAAUAUUAAAGAUCUUUCAUCCCUGUCGCUGCUAAAUCUGUCACAGAACUGUAACCUGACAGAUAAAACUUUGGAGAUGAUCUCCGGGUUGACAGGAUUGAUCUCUUUGAACGUUUCAAAUUCCCGUGUGACAAGUGCAGGACUGAGACAUCUAAAGCCCCUGAAGAACUUAAGAUCUCUGACCUUGGAGGCUUGCAAGGUCACAGCAAAUGACAUAAGGAGGCUUCAGUCAGCUGGUCUCCCUAAUCUGGUAAACUUCCGCCCCGAGUAGUAAUUAUGUUUAUGGUGGCGUUGAUAUGUUCUGUAGAUAGCUUUUAUUGGGGAGGGGAACACUGCUAUCUGUAUAUGUGAAAAAGUUGAGCAGAUGUUGGGACAUAUUUGUACAUAUGGGGUGAUUGAAAGGUAGUUAAGGAAGCAGCUUAAUUUACUUUAGUAAAUUUAAAGGGAGGGGCUGAAAUGGUCACUUUCUUUAAGGGCCGCGGUUUUUAGCUGAAAGAAGAAUAAUCAAAUUUCUGUAAAUAUGCUUUGAAUGAUUUAUCAGCGGUGUGUGCUGUACUGGGUGAACUUGUGUACAGUUGUACGUACCGGCCCAUUAUCAUGAAUUUUAUUUAGUUUGAAUUAUGCUUGAACUUUUCAUA